GUGCCACGGAUGCUGAACUUGCAACGAUCAUCCAAAGACUUGCGGAACUACAAGGCGGAUCUUCAGGAUUAGCUGCAUUGGAACAAGCACAAACAUCAGGCAUACACAGUGGUAUCGCUACUCAUGGUUCGACAGGGAAGAUCACAUACUACAGGAAACGUUGCAUCAGGCAUACACAGUGGUAUCGCCACUCAUGGCUCGACAGGAGGAUCGCAUACCACAGGAAACGGGGGAUCGAUUUUAAAAAUUAUGACAGCCUCAUCUUCAACCACGUCAUCAACGGGCUCUAAUCCGAAGAGUUCGAGCUCCCUGUUACUCGGCUCCAGUAGAAACUCAAAUGCUGCUUCAAUCCAAGGUAGAGGGAGAUCGUCGCUUUCUUCAUCUUCUCGAUCUUCUUCAAAAUCGUCCUCCUCUAGAAAAAGGUCAAAAUCAGCAUCAUCCAAUUCAUCAUCACGCAGGUCCAGUCGGAAAUCGUCAAAAUCAUCUAAAUCGUCCAGUAAGGCGAAUAAUUCCUCAGAAAGAAGCUCUAGCUCAUCAAAUAGGAGACGCCAACUGAAAAGACAAUUGAUCAACAAAAUGAAAGCACAACGUUCCAGCAAACAAGCAGAUUAUAUCCUGUUAUUCAAUGAAGGAAAACGAAAGAGAGUGAGCCUGACAGAUUUGGAAGAUAAACUUCGCCCACUAGUAACGAGCAAAAACGAAUACCAGACUGAAGCUGAAAUACAAGUAGCCAUUGACGAUAUCGUCAAGAAGCUCCGAGAAGAAUCCCAUAAGAGAAUGCAAAAUCAAGAUUCGGAUUCGUUCUUCGUAGGCGGCCGUUACAUCGAAUUCGAUCACCCUGCACGUACCGGUAUGAGCGUAGCACCUGCCAACCAAGCUUCAAGUGGCGAACCAACUAGCCAAGUAUCAGUAAGCAACUUCGCGCCUUCACAGACUUUGAGAGAUGCAUUGGCGACACUUGUUAACCAUAGAGACAGUAACAUCGCAGCUUCAGAAAGCCAGCCUGUGUCAGGAACUGAACCGGCUGGGAAAGGUCAAUUCCUGGAUUCAUUUUUCACAAUGGGACAAGGACAGAGUGGACAAAGCGGUACUGAAAAAGUCUCGCAGACAGCAGGAGAUAUGUCUGCCACACAAGCAUUCAGAAUCGCUGCGGUGUCAUCGCUUCUUGGACAAGCCGCUCCAACUUCAGACGCCCUUAGUAGCCCAGCGAAACCCGCCGGUAGUGGUUCAACAACUAUCACCACUGUGACAUCUUCGACUGGCACACAGACUGGGGCACCAGCAAGCACCACACGUGGCUCUCAAACAAGUACUAAAAGUGUAUCAAUGACAAGUCACACAAGCAGCUCCGCUGGAAGUCUGAAUAGUGGCUCUGCAAACAAUGUAUACGACGGGCAAGAAACAGGACAUACAAAUACUGCACAAUCAGCAAACAAGGUUGAUUCCACUUCCACAUCUCACGCUGCUACUGGAUCAAUGGGUGGUCAAGAACAAAUGUCUUCCUUUCAAACUAAUGUUGUCAGCUCUACAUCACAACAAGCAUCUGUAAAUAGAGAGUACACAUCACAAGGUGCGACAGGGGCUACAGGAUCAGUUAAACCGGAUACUAAUCAACAAGCAUCAAAUCUGAUUGAUCUCAUCAUAGCAAGUGAAAAGGGCCACCCGGAAACAAUAGUUGAAAAUAGUCAAAAUCUUGCUGUGUCGGGAUCACAUGGUAGCCACGAUUUUUCAGGUUUAACAAAUACAGACAUGAUGGCUUCCGCAUUUGCCGAACAAGCUACUUCUCAAAAUGCCAGAAAUGAUAUGUUAGCAUCGGCCAUAGCAGACAUCAUCUCAUCUAACAAUGCUGAUCCCUCAGCGUCCGCACAGUUAACAUCGAACGGACAAGCAGGUUAUACAAACAGCAUGCCCUCUGUUCAUGCGGACUUGGCCGUCGUGGCUCCUCAGGAUACCCGACCAACAGGAAAUGGAGAAGCUAAUACAAACAGUCAAAGUAGCAGCGUUGUGUCAAUGUAUUCAAACUCUGAAAGUUCCGGUUCCGUUCAAGGUAUGGGUGGAGCUGGCAUGAAUACAAUGGAUACCCAAAUGGAUAACCAAAAUACGGCGGAAUUUGGAACACAUUUAGAUAUCACUGGGAUGGGUGCAUUGGCUAUGGAACAACCUAGCAAUAUGCAAGAUUUUAACCUGGCGGUAUCCUCAGCAUAUGGACAAGCGCCCCAAGGUAGUCCAACGCCAGUUGUAUAGCGCAUAGUUCAGCUUAUAUUAUUAAAGAUAUAUGCUUUUAUUAACACCAAUUACCAUCUUUUUCAUUUAUCAUUCAUCGUUUCCUGUAUUCAAGGGAGUAAAGUUUUAAUAUUGUAUCUACCAGCGAGUAAUGUCGAUUUGUUUGACGUCAGAUCUACGACCAAACAUAUAUAUUUCUUUUCGUGAAAGACAAUCUGUAUUCAGUGGCUGUUAUAUGUUAAUUGAUUAAAUAAUUAAAGGGUUCAGCCCA